CCGUGUGGUCGCGCGCCCCUUCCGGCGCGGGGAGGGCGCUGACGAUCCCGGGCCGCUCGGCCGCAGGCCGCCUCCAAACGCCGCGGGAUGUAGCGCCGGGGACCGCGGCCCCCAGCACAGCCUUCCCGCCCACUGUUUACCAUUACAGGGAGCUCUCUGCCCCCUGGGCUGAGAGACCCCACCUUCUCCCCAAGCUGAAACUCUGGUGUACUGAGUACCAGCCAGAUGUCUUCUCACAAAGGAUCCGUGGUGGCACAGAGCAAUGGGGCUCCUGCCAAUAACAGAGAAAAUGACACGGUGGAACUGGCUGAACUGGGACCCCUGCUGGAAGAGAAGGGCAAGCGAGUAAUCGCCAACCCCACCAAAGCAGAAGAGCAAGCAUGCCCAGUACCCCAGGAAGAGGAGGAGGAGGUGCGGGUGCUGACGCUCCCCCUGCAAGCCCACCACGCCAUGGAGAAGAUGGAAGAGUUUGUGUAUAAGGUCUGGGAGGGACGCUGGAGGGUCAUCCCAUAUGAUGUGCUGCCUGACUGGCUGAAGGACAAUGACUACUUGCUACAUGGCCAUCGGCCACCCAUGCCCUCCUUCCGGGCUUGCUUCAAGAGCAUCUUCCGCAUCCAUACAGAAACUGGCAACAUCUGGACACACCUGCUUGGUUUCGUGCUAUUUCUCUUUUUGGGAAUCUUGACCAUGCUCAGACCAAAUAUGUAUUUCAUGGCCCCUCUACAGGAGAAGGUGGUUUUUGGGAUGUUCUUUUUGGGUGCAGUGCUCUGCCUCAGUUUCUCCUGGCUCUUUCACACCGUCUAUUGUCAUUCAGAGAAAGUCUCUCGGACAUUUUCCAAACUGGAUUAUUCAGGGAUUGCCCUAUUGAUUAUGGGGAGCUUUGUCCCCUGGCUCUAUUAUUCCUUCUACUGCUCCCCCCAGCCACGGCUCAUCUACCUCUCCAUCGUCUGUGUCCUGGGCAUUUCUGCCAUCAUUGUGGCACAGUGGGACCGUUUUGCCACCCCUAAGCACCGGCAAACAAGAGCAGGAGUGUUCCUGGGACUAGGUUUGAGUGGUGUUGUGCCCACAAUGCACUUUACUAUCGCCGAGGGCUUCGUCAAGGCCACUACCGUGGGCCAGAUGGGCUGGUUCUUCCUCAUGGCUGUGAUGUACAUCACCGGAGCGGGCCUUUAUGCUGCUCGAAUUCCUGAGCGCUUCUUUCCUGGGAAAUUUGACAUAUGGUUCCAGUCGCAUCAGAUCUUCCACGUCCUAGUGGUGGCGGCGGCCUUUGUCCACUUCUACGGGGUCUCCAACCUUCAGGAGUUCCGUUAUGGCCUGGAAGGUGGCUGCACUGACGACUCCCUUCUCUGAGCCUUCCUACCUGAGGGGUGGAGGAGGAACUUCCCAAGUGCUUUUAAAAAUAACUUCUUUGCUGAAGUGAGAGGAAGAGUCUGAGUUGUUUGUUUCUAGAAGAAACCUCUUAGAGAAUUCAGUACCAAGCUCUAGCCCACUUUCAUACCCACUGGGCAAUAAACUUGACAUUUUCCUAGUUGAAGAGAGUGGGGAUGGCCAAACUUAGCCAUCCCCCCUCUGCAUCCCCCUCCUCAGCAAGGCAACUGCUGUCCCCUUCCAGAGACAGUCUAUUGAAGCUCAUGUUGAGAUUUUACCCCUCUGGCCAUUUGGGGGGGGGGGAGGGGAUGAUGGACUGGGACUCUUCAGAAGUUGUUUCUGGAGAAAAAUGUCCCUUCCUUACCCCAUCCUUACUUUGUAACCUGGCUUAUAACAGGCCACCCAUUUUUGUAGCACACUUUUCAAAAACAAUUAUAACCUGGUCCCAUUCUUUCUAGAGCCUGGAUCUGCUCACACAGCAGGAAGAACAAAGCCACCAACUUUUACAUAGCCCGGCUAAUCAUGGAAGUGUCUCCAGGCUUCAAAUAACUUGAGUUUUAAUUUUUUUUUUUCUUGGCAGAGUAAUGUAAAA